GAGGUGCCGGGCGGGGAGAGGGGUGGAAAGGGAUCUGCCCCGUAGCGGCGGCGGCGGAAUGGGGUGGGCGCUGCUGUGCGUGGGGCUGCUCCUGGCGCUGUACACGCUGCUCCGGCACGGGCUGCGCAGCGUCCCGCGGCCCCGCGCCCGCCCCGCGCUGCGCGGCCGCACCGCCAUCGUCACCGGGGGAAGCAGCGGCAUCGGGGCGGCCACGGCGCUGGAGCUCGCCCGGUGCGGGGCCCGAGUGAUCCUGGCGACCCGCAACGCCCUGCGGGGAGAGGCCGCCGCCAGCCGCAUCCGCACGGAGACAGGGAAUGAAGAGGUGCGGUUCAUGCACCUGGACCUCGCCAGCCUGCGCUCAGUGCGAGCCUUUGUCAGCACCUUCCUGCACCAGGAGCCCCACCUGCACCUCCUCAUCAACAACGCAGGGGUGAGCGCCGGGGGCACAACAGAGGAUGGCUUCAGCCUCCCCUUCCAGGUGAACCACCUGGGCCACUUCCUGCUGACCCAGCUGCUGCUGGAGCGGCUGCGGAGCUGCGGGCCCAGCCGGGUGGUCAUCGUCGCCUCCAGCGCCCACUGCGCUGGCCGCCUGCGCCCCGAGUCCCUGGGCCGCCCGCCCCCAGGGCUGUUCUCUGCCUUCCAGGACUACUGUGACAGCAAGCUGGCCAACGUGCUGCACGCCCGUGAGCUGGCCACACGGGAGCAGGACACACAGGUCACCUGCUACGCUGUGCACCCAGGGUUUGUCAACACAGCGCUGUUCCGACACGCGCCGCUGUGGCUGAAGCCGCUGCUGCUGCCACUGGCCUGGCUGCUGUUCCUGGACCCGUCUGAGGGUGCACAGGUGGUCCUGGACUGUGCCACGCGGGAUGGCCUUGAGCCCCUCAGUGGCCGCUACUUCACCGACAGUGGCCCCCAGCAGCCAUGGCCACGGGGGCGCGAUGACCGGCUGGCACGGGCGCUCUGGGAGAGCAGCGAGCGCCUGGUGGGGCUGGGGGGGGACGAGGUGGGACCCUCCCCAGCCGCCCCCACUGCUCCUGCACAAUAAAGGUGAUGGUGGUGA